AGGCUCAGCUGGGACGAGGCAGGAUGCGACCCAACCUGGCGCUGAUCUACUUCAUCUUCGGGGGGAUCCUGCCCGGCGCCACAUCUAGGAGGAAGCAGAUGGAGCCCGGGCCAUGUGAGCUGCCCCGAUCGCAGGGAGAGCUAAACUCCUUCUUGUGGACCAUUCGACGGGACCCCCCGGCCUACCUGUUUGGCACCAUCCACGUGCCCUACACGCGGGUGUGGGACUUCAUCCCUGAGAACUCCAAGGCAGCGUUCCAGGCCAGCUCCAGCGUGUACUUCGAACUGGACCUCACUGAUCCCUACACCAUCUCAGGCCUGGCCAGCUGCCAGAUGCUGCCCCACGGCGAGAACCUGCAGGACGUGCUGCCCCGGGAGCUCUACCGCCGCCUCAAGCGGCACUUGGAGUACGUCAAGCUGAUGCUGCCACACUGGGUGACCCCAGACCAGCGGGGCAAGGGGCUGUACGCUGACUACCUCUUCAAUGCCAUCGCCGGCAACUGGGAGCGCAAGAGGCCCGUCUGGGUGAUGCUGAUGGUCAACUCCCUGACUGAGACGGACAUCCGCUCCCGAGGGGUGCCUGUGCUAGACCUCUACCUGGCCCAGGAGGCCGAGCGGAUGAAGAAGAGGACAGGGGCUGUGGAGAGGGUGGAAGAGCAGUGCCACCCACUGAAUGGGCUCAACUUCUCCCAGGUGCUGUUUGCUUUGAACCAAACCUUGCUACAACAUGAAAGUCUACGAGCCGGCAGCUUGCAGGCCCCAUACACUACUGAAGAUCUCAUCAAGCAUUAUAACUGUGGAGACCUGAACACUGUCAUAUUCAAUCAUGAUACUUCUCAGCUCCCUAACUUCAUCAACACAACGCUCCCUCCACAUGAGCAAGUGACGGCUCAGGAGAUAGACAGCUACUUCCGACAGGAGCUCAUUUACAAGAGGAACGAGAGGAUGGGGAAAAGAGUGAUGGCCCUUUUAAAGCAGAACACAGACAAGAGCUUCUUCUUUGCCUUUGGAGCAGGUAUGGAACAAAAUACCCUUGUUUGUUUGCUUAUGUGGACAAUGUAA